AUUUUGCCCUCAUCUUCGAUCUCAAACGUUUGUUUCAGCCUGCCUUAAAAAUACUAUCGAAGGUUAAGACACGUAAAGAAUGUCGGACGAGGAACAUCACUUUGAGUCGAAGGCAGAUGCAGGGGCUUCAAAGACAUUUCCUCAACAGGCUGGGACCAUUCGCAAGAAUGGCUACAUUGUCAUCAAAAACAGGCCUUGCAAGGUUGUAGAGGUCUCCACCUCAAAAACCGGCAAACAUGGACAUGCAAAGUGCCAUUUUGUUGGCCUUGAUAUAUUUACGGGCAAGAAGCUUGAAGAUAUUGUUCCGUCCUCUCACAAUUGUGAUGUGCCACAUGUUAGUCGAUCUGACUACCAACUAAUCGACAUUGCUGAAGAUGGUUUUGUCAGUCUUCUGACUGAAAGUGGAACUACCAAAGAUGACUUGAGGCUUCCCACUGACGAAAAUUUGCUCAACCAGAUCAAAGUUGGAUUUGGAGAAGGAAAAGACCUUGUGGUGAGUGUCAUGUCAGCAAUGGGAGAAGAGCAGAUCAAUGCUGUUAAGGAUAUCUCGAAAUAAAGAAUAUAUGGGCGUGCAUCACCAUUUAUGUUCUGAUGGACACGGCUAAAUGUACAUUAAUGUUUGAUUUUUGUUUAUUGCCUUGUUUUCUGGAAUAAAAGUUCCAUAGGUUCGAACUUACUGUCAAUUAAAUCCAACUUGUCUGCUGUGUAGAAGAUAGACUGAAUAAAGUUUAAGCCAGAGUGCAAGUUUUGAUAAUUUAUCUCAUUGUUUGAUUUCUUCUUAUUAAUGACUCAGAUUGAUGGA